AGAACUUCUCCCCUGGUAGACUUUAGCACGCCAACCGCAACCCAACCCCAAUAAUCGUGGUCUUCCCCAGAAACCGUGACGGCAACCCUAACCCUAAUCGCUCUCUCUCAGCGCUGUAGAUUCAGAAGUGUUCAAUUCAAUCGGUGUGUUCCAUUCAUUGAAUCGGAAUUUGUGAUUGCAUUCCAGAGCGUGUAGAGGGAAAGAAAUAAAGGAAGAAAAAGGAUGGGGAAGAAGAAGAAGAGGGCAACUGAUAAGGUAUGGUGCUACUACUGUGAUCGAGAGUUCGAUGACGAAAAGAUUCUGGUGCAGCACCAGAAGGCGAAGCACUUCAAGUGCCAUGUCUGCCAGAAGAAGUUGUCCACCGCUGGUGGCAUGGCCAUCCACGUCCUUCAGGUUCACAAAGAAUCCGUCACCAAGGUGCCAAAUGCGAAGUCUGGCAGGGAAUCAACCGAAAUUGAAAUUUAUGGAAUGCAAGGUAUCCCACCUGAUGUAUUAGCUGCACACUAUGGAGAAGAAGAGGAAGGAACACCUUCAAAAGCCGCCAAAGCAGAUGUUUCAGCACCACAGUAUGUAGGAGGUGUUCUUCCCGGGUCAUUUCCUGCUGCUUAUCCUCCCCAUGCAACGCUUGGCCCAGGUCCACCAAUGUACAGUACUGGUAUGCCCAUACCUCGUGCUGGAUGGGCGGCACCACCUCGACCUCAGAUGUGGUAUUCACAGUAUCCUUCUGUUUCUGCACUGCCACCUCAAUCUCUGAGCAUGCCACAACUGCCUUUAUUUCCUGUCCAGAAUGUGAGGCUCCCUGUGUCAUCAACUGUUCCCCCAACAACCACCCAACCUUCAUUUGCAAUUACCCCUCCAGGAAUGCAGGCAUCUACUACAGCUCCUCCUGUGUCUCAACCAUUGUUUCCAGUUCUUCCUCCAAAUGCUAUUUCUCAGGGAUCACCAUUUUCAGCAUCCAAACUUUCAACAAGCUCUUCAGCCGAAGUUCCCAACUCUGUUGACUCGAACCUUUCCAAUAGUACUCCAGCGGUAAAUGGCUAUCAGGGUGCAGGAAAUCAAGCUGCAGCACCAUCAAAUUCACAUUCUUAUGCUUCUGGGCCUAACACAAAUGGGCCAUCAAUUGGACCGCCUCCUGUGAUUGCAAAUAAAGCUCCUGCUUCUCAGCCAACGACAAAUGAGGUCUACUUGGUCUGGGACGAUGAAGCUAUGUCCAUGGAAGAAAGAAGGGUGUCUUUGCCUAAGUAUCAGGUUCACGAUGUUACUAGCCAGAUGAGCUCAAUAGAUGCAGCAAUCGACAGGAGAAUAUCAGAAAGCAGAUUGGCUGGGCGGAUGGCUUUUUAAGACUCAUUGCAAUAUCUAUUCACUGACCUGAGUCCUAGUUAAUAUAUCUGCGGGCACCCCAAUUGAACUCGUUACAGGUUUUUAGUUCUUUGGAUUGCUUGCUCUCCCCUUGCAAUGAACCCUGCAGUUCUAUUCUAUUUUUUCAUGGGUUUGGCCGUUUGGGGGGGGGGGGGGUUACUCCUUGCUGGUUGGCAUGUAUUCAAUGGAGUGUAUGUGGUGCAUCGAGAUUAUUUUCUCCGAAAAUUGUGUCCUGAUACUAUAGUUUUUGCACUUCUGAACUGUGUAGUUAGCGACUGAUUGGUUGGUUGGAAUUUUGUGGCAAUGAAGUUACAUUUUGGAG